AGACUAAACCGGAAGUAACCAGCGAUACAGGUUAAACAAUAAAGGAGAACGGAGUGGAUUCCAGUGGAUCCCGGAUUUCUGGGACAGAGGAGAGUAGAUUACAUUAAAGACUGAGAAGAUGCCGACGUGUAUGACUCUGGAGACUCAGAUCUCCUCCGUGAUGGAGAGUCUGACCCGAGCGGCGGUGGCAGAGAUCUGCAAACUGAUCAACACCGAGUGUGUGGAAAUGCGGUUAGAGAUCCGCCGGGGCCAGAAGGAGAUCGAAGCCCUGAAGGGGAAAAUACGGGAUCUGAAGAGAGACGCGCCGAAUCCUUGUCUGCUUGCGGUGUCUUUAAACGAGCCUCGAGAAAAUAUGCAAAAUUCAGAUAACAGAGUCGAUGAUCUCAGCACAACGUUGACAUGUCACAAUGAAGACAACGAUAAAGAAACUAAUUCUCCAGUGCUGACGAACAACUUGCAGGAAAAUGAUGUUCGGGGAAGCAGGAAUUCUCAUCCAAACUCUGGCAUUGUACAAAAUCAGACGUGCAUGUUGAAGGAGUCCCAAAUCCUUAUGGAAUCAUUGACCACUGCAGCUCUCAAUGAUAUUAGAGAACUCAGUACUGCUGCCGUAAAAGUGGAGGGUGCGAGUCCCCCUGUCUCCACAGUCGAGUGUAUCUCAGAGGUCUUCCAAGCUGACCAGAAGCAAUGCACAAAUACACACAGCCAUACAACAGGAGACAACAGUAAUCACAUUGGCUCUGCAGAGGAGAUUUGGCCACAAUCUCAUUAUUCUGCGCAUUUACAUAACAAACAUCUGCCUGAAGAAGAAUCUAGCUACAAAUACGUGACAGACUUUAAUCAUCUAAAUGGGCAUAGGAGCAAUGAAGGGAAUGCUAAUAGGUUGCUUCUAAAGACUGAGGAGAAUGAAGAGCCUUUAACAAACACAGUAGAUGACCUGGCACCAUGUGGAAUGAUAGAGAGUGAGGCUUUAUCAUGGCCGUCUUUGACUUCGGUGAACUUUCCGGUGCGUGGUGGAGGUCCAGGCUGCUCUUCUAUGCUACAACAGGCUAUUCAUGUUUCCCAUCCUGAACACGCUGAUUUUCAUCUCGGUGUGAAUGGAGAAAUAGAAUAUACAAUCGAACCGGAAGUGAAACAGGCAGGAGGACGAAGUAUACAGGAUGUGAGCCAAGCCACAGCACUCAGACAGAACUCCACAGUGUCCACAAUGCUGACACAAGCAAAGGUUCUGCCGAUGGCUGAGAUGCGGCAUAAGCUAUUCUCCUGCUCUUUCUGUCCUAAGAGUUUUCAGAGCAGUGCUGACCUGAAGAGGCAUCAGCGCAUUCACACAGGAGAAAAGCCUUACGGCUGUGCCGUGUGUGGAAAGCGCUUCUCCCUCAGGGGGAACCUUGUCACCCACGAGAGGGCACACAGUGGCAGCAAGCCCUUCAUUUGCCGCCAGUGUGGGAGAGCCUUUGCCCAUGGCUCCAACUUAAGGGCUCAUCAGCGUGUCCAUACAGGAGAAAGGCCUUUUCACUGCUCUCUGUGCGAUAAGACAUUUGCUUGGUACUACCCUUUCAAAAGACACAUCAGCUUACAUUUUCUGAAUGGUCAAAACCCCUGAUUACUUUUGUGAUUUUUUAAAAUAUUCAAGGCCAUGCUUGUGUCUUGCAAAUCAUUACAGGCUUUCAUACAAAAAUGAGCAUUUUGUACCAGAGGUCGACCGAUAGUUGAUUUUACCGAUACCGGUAAUACCGAGAGCUAGGUUGAAUCAUACUUGCUGAUAAACAGUUAAUCAAACGGUAGUUUUUAAAAUGGUUACUAGACAAAAAUGAAACACAAUACUCCGUGGAAAAUAGUAUAGAACUUUAUUACAAAAAUAAUAAAGUACUGAAUCAUGAAAUCAUGUGCUAAAUGAAAUUAAUAUGAAUAUAUUAAUUAUAUUAAUAAAUAUUGAGGAAAAUAAGUUUCAAACUGAAACAAAAAGUAACACUCUAAAUAAAAAAAAACUGUUCCAUACAAAAUAAAUAAAAAAGACACAGCACAUCAAAUAAAUAGCACGUGGUGUCCGUGAUUCACCACUAGAGGCCGCUCUCGUGCUGUAUAAGGUAAACCCGGAAAAACUACCGGUAUAAAUAUAAAUAUACCGGUAUGCCAAUACUCGAUAGUUCCAGUAAUCAGCUAUUGGUGCAAAUUAUUCGGGAAAACAGAUGAAUCGGUUGACCUCUACUUAGUACUGUCUGUGGUUGUGUGCUCGUUAUUUCUGAGUUAGCUUUAAGCAGGAAGUGAGGAAGUCCAGAAAAACAUUUUAGGAAAGGCCUAGUGUCUUUGUUAGACAACACUAUUAUAUAUGGAAAAACACUUAAAAUAAACGUAAUUAA